GCGUGCCACGGAACACCUGUCUAUUUGGAUUGGCGGGAUGAAGAGGAUCUUCAGGAGAUUCAAAGAGAAGAUCUCGUUUAAGGAGUCACCGCCGCCGUACCGCGAGAGUGAUGACCAAGGAGAGCGCCAUCGGGAGUUUAACGAUCCGGUUAGUGCGCCAGCGUGCGAAGUCUUAGACUUGUUGGCGAACUGUAAAAUCACGCCACGAGCAGAUGAAAGUCAGGAAUCGGAGGUCGAGUACGCGGAAAUCAAAGACAUGGGGCUGUGGCACUCCACGCCCCUGGCGCACCGGCACAAGUCCAAGAUAUCGCUGACGUGGGUGCUCAAGGAAAACUUGGAGAGCACGAAAUUACCGCUAGAUAAACUGCAAAAUGAAGACAAGACGAGAAAAACAAACAGCAGUAACGUCGAUCGGCAUCAACGUCAUAAUCAGAAGUUCAAUGAAAACGAACGUUAUCGAAAGUGCAUGUAUAGAGAUGUGAAAGACAGGGUCGUGGGACGCAAUGAGUACUAUCAUAAUUUGAAGUUUAGGAGUGCGUGCGAAGAGUUUGUGAAUGGUCAGGACACUUUUUCUGAUGACACUAGUGUGGCUACCGAGGAGUACACAAGGAAGAAGCACCGGCAUCGGCAUAGAAGGAAGAAGAAGAGCAGUAAGUUCGGCUACGAUAUAAGAGAUUUGGACAGCUUCUUAAGCGAGGCCUCGAUAGACCGGCCGGGCAACAUUCCGGUGGUGGUGGCGUACCCUACAACUCUUUACCAGACGCAAAAGGACUCCCAAAGGGAGUUAACUUUGCCCCUCGGGACUGUCGUCAAUGCUGUGUUCAAGAACCAGCAGUGGCUGUAUGUGCAGACGCCGCAUGGGGACGAAGGAUACGUCAUGUAUAACGCAUGCCUGCCGCUGGGGAUUUUGCCUAACAGGUCAUCGCCCCAAAAGAAGACGCCUUGCUGGGAGAGCAGCACGGACAUCUACCCGCGGCCGUGCGGGAACCUCACGGACACCGAGAAGGAGCAACUGCGCGGUCGCACCCGCUCCGAGUCGCACUACCGUCCUCGGCGCCGCGUCAACAACUGCGCCGAAAAGGACUUUGACACCCUAUACCUAAAGACCAAAUCCGUCUGCUCCAACAUCGGCCGCGUCCACGAAAAAGAAAAUUUAAAAGUGAAAAGACAAACGUUGUUGGUGGUUAACAGUGACUAUAGGGGCAGUGACUUGAACAGAACUCUGUCAGUGCAGCAGGGAGACGUGGUGAUAUUAGUGCAAGGGACCGCAGUGGAAUCGGACGUUGACGCCGAGUGGUUCUAUGUUAGGAAGAAAGAUGGCACACAGGGUUUCAUACCGGCGGCCAUUGCUGGUCAUGGUUAUAUUUGAAUGUGUGUAUAAUAUUAUGUGUAAAAGCUUCAAAUCCACAUUUUUUAUUUAUAUUACGCAGUGUCAUGGCCACUGCAACUAAUCAAGAUACAUAAUUCAUGAAUGUCAUCAAUCAGUAUGAAUAAAAUCAAGUCCAUGAAAGUAUUAUAAUUAACAAUAAAUAACUUGGUCUUAUUUUUUAAUGGCCAAGGUGUGUAGUGUGUGUAGAAAGUUUCAAAGGUGUAAAUUGUUAAUAAAAACUGAUAAUUGUUUUAA